AUGAACGGCACGCCUAGAAGCUCCAGCGCAGCGCGGGAACAGAUCAAGCCUGCUCUGGAUCGAUUAUUCCAGAUGCUGAAAAACGACAGUCGUCCUAUCAUUCCCACCCAUUCUCUUCCAAAUCUGGGCAUCAAUGUCCGACUCUUCGAUCCCGAUAUCCCAGGAGAUUGCGGCCGAUACUUCACGCCAUGGACGACCGAGCAGAUGGCAAAUCACGAGAAGAACCCGGAGGUAAACGACGAAAGUACAGGACUCCAAGCCCUAGGAAGCCCGCUGGAUGAGGGCAUUCUAUCUUGUCCGCAGGAGACAUACACGUGGAGUUCUCAGAUGAGCGAGCGCCUGAAGUGGGAGGUAGAGUCCGCGCCGAGGUAUGGAACCCGGGGGAAUGACAUUGCCUUUCAGCAGAGAAUAUUCCGCACAAAUCUCUGA